AUGUCUGAUAAAGUAACUGGAUUCUUCGAUAGUGUGGGUGUCUCUGACUCGGACAAAUUCCAACCUGAAAAGGGUCGUUAUCACUUGUACAUUGGAUUGGGAUGUCCCUUUGCCCACAGAGCAUGGAUUGCCCUCAAAUUGAAAGGAUUAGAUGAUCUAAUCGACCACAGUGUCACCCAUUGGCAAGCUGCACCUGAAGGCUACCGUUUCAUAAACGAACAAGAAUUGGCUCAACGAAAGGGUCCAACUGAUUAUACCAAUGGAAGUGUUGAUAAACUCUUCAACUCCAAAUUAUAUAGUGAAGUUUACUUUAGAGCUGCUCCCAAUUACGAAGGUAGGUACACAGUUCCCGCCUUAUUUGAUACUAAAACCAAUACGAUUGUUAACAAUGAAAGUGCAGAUCUCAUCAGAAUCUUCAAUACUGGAUUUAACACUAUUCUCCCUAAGAAAUACGCUGACAUUGAUUUGUAUCCUGAAAGUUUGAGAACUGAAAUUGAUGAGUUCUCGGAUUGGUUCCUGGAAUUACACUCGUGUCCUUGGAAGGUUGUUUUCGCUUCCGACCAAGAGACUUACCAAGCAGCAUUCACCAAGUUCUACGAAUUAUUAGAUGAAUUUGACGAAAAAUUAGCUAAGAUUCACACUGCUGGUGGUCAAUACUUAGUUGGGGACCAAUUGACAGAAGCAGAUAUCAAAGCUUAUGUUUUUGUUGUACGGGUGGAUCCAUUGUUUCUGACGUUGGCCAAAUUAAAUGGCCGUUUAAUCCGUUCAUACGCAAACCUUAAUAAGUGGUUGACCAAUCUAUAUUGGAACCAUCCUGCGUUUAAGGACACGACUGAUUUUGAUCUGAUUAAGAAGUUGGGGUUCAAAAAUCCCAAAUACAAUACGGAUACUUCAGGCUUGAUUCCAAUUGGUCCUUUGCCACACAUUCUUCCGUACGAAGAAUAG